AUGCAAGUUGCAGGAUUUCUCGGUGUUGUUGGUGUAGUCGAUGGCACUCAUAUAAGAAUUAUAGCCCCAAGGGAACACGAAGCUGAAUAUGUAAACCGGAAACGGUUUCAUAGCAUCAAUGUACAAGUUGUGUUUGAUGCAACAUACAGAAUACUUGACAUUGUUGCAAAGUGGCCUGGCUCUGUCAAUGAUGCUAGAGUCUUCAAUGAGUCUGGACUGAAGCAACUCUUCAAAAGAGGUAUCGUGCCACCCGGUUGCCACUUGUUGGGUGACAGUGCCUACGCCAUGAAGCGCUGGCUCCUGACACCAUACUUGCGCCCCCAGCCUUUUAUGAUAGUAAGAAGGAAGAGGGUCUUCCUUGUAAGGUCUCUGAGGGAUGCAAGCCUAAGAGGUUCAGAAGGAGCCCUGGUCAAGUGGCAAAGGACCAAAUCCAAGUUCUAA